CUGCUUCUCCUGGUUUUCAUCCUAGAGCUCGCGCUCCGAUUUUACUACGAUGGGAAUCGUAAAGCAUUCAGCCGUGGAUGGGUCCAGUUUGAUUCCAUCCUUGUGUUUGUUGGUGUAGUGGAUGAGUGGAUUAUCGCGAACAUAGAUUUGGGCGCAGACUUGACUUAAGGGCUGGAAAAAGAUGAGAAAUCCGCUCUAUGUUGAGCAUCUCUAUGGUUUUCUUCAACUAGGAAGGCCGUAGCAGGUACUAUGCGAGCUAGAACUGUCAACUUUCAACCUCUAACUGACGUUCCUAGCCAUUUUACGUGUUUUGCGACUGUUGCGCUUGAUCCGUCUAGUGCGUUUGAUGGAUGCCUUUAAAGAACUGUGGCUACUGGUGUCCUCUCUGAUCAACACAGCACGGGCUAUGUUGUUCCUCAUGUUUCUGCUGCUCACUUUGUGUUAUGGAACUGGCGAGAGAGUGCUUGUAAAAACACUAACUGAGACAGAUACACUUGUUACUCAAUCAGCGACGCUUACUUACUUUCUUGCGUCAAAUCAAUGGCUUAAGAUAGCCAUGGCACUUUGCCAGGCUCUCUUCGUCUUCUACUAUUGAUGAUCAGUGCCAUUUUUAGCCAUCCUACCGCCCCCAGCAUCGCUCUCUCAUCUUCUAACCGCUCUACAUCGGCGCCAUCUACCUCGUCCAAACACUUGGAGACAAGUAUCCGCGAAACGUCUACGCUGGAAAUUUUGAUACCAUUGGCAACGCGAUGUAUUCGCUUCUGAACGUGGUUACGCUGGACAACUGGAUCAGCAUCAUUCGCACUGUGGGUCUAGACCCACCACAACUGGUUCUCAACACUACAAGCGCAACAAGUGUGAUCGCGUAUUCUGCGACGACGGUAGAGGGGGCUUCGGCGUUACGAAAUUAGUUCUGAAAUACCGACUACUCAAUUUUCCGAAUUCCGAUGAAGAAGAUACUAGCAGAAGUGAGACAGUGACAGAGCACUUCGCGCCCAUGCUCCUUUUUGGGAUUGGUAUCACUUAUCACUUGUAAGAUCAGCAACAGCAUUAUAGAUAUGAUUGGCAUUUCUCCUUACUUCUCCACCUCUAACGAGAGACAAUGCCCUUCUCUUGACUUCCUCUUCCACGGACCUGAUACGCCAGCCAGUGCACGAAGCUUCGCCAUCUAUGAUCGUCUUUUUCUUCAUCUUUGCGCUACUCACCGCUUUUGGCAUAAUGAACUUGCUAGUUGGCCGAGUCGUGCAGACGAUUCACACAGUUUCCGAGAAACAAGACCACGUAGCCCAUGCCGAACGAAUGCUGAACGUCGCUCAAUCACUCGCUUAUGUGCGCUCUUGGCUGGAAGAGUAUAACGCAGAACGCGAAAGAAACAGAGGUAGCAUAGUUGUUGAGCAACACGAUAUUCCAAUCGAGGACCCUGCUGAUGCACGAAAAGAAGCCAUCAAAAAGUACAACGCUAGAGAGCAAACGGAAGAUACUGCUCCUCCAGACCGCCAAAGUAGAAAGAAGUCCAACCACGUUGAGGUCAACCUCGGGGGUCAACGCCAACAAAAUGUGAGGCAAUCAACAAGUAUGGGUCUGGCGGCUAAGGAGGCGAUAAUUGCGGGAACGAAAGAAAGGAGUGUGACAAAGGAGGGCUCAACGGCCAAAAACAAGAGAAAGGAUUCUGGUUCUGGAGUUGAACAGAAUAGGAAGCCAAUAGACGAAGCGCAUGCGCAGGAGUUAGAGGAUGAAGCGAAUAUGAUCCGGGAAAUGGGCGAAGAUAGGGCCGCAGAGCAUCUUUACAACACUCAUAAUUAUGGAUUUGUAUAACUAUAUGCAUUGUGAAUCACGACCACGAGUGUAAUUCAUGAUUGAGUGAGUAACUGUUGUUGUCGCAUACUUACGAAUCAAAAUCGGAAGAAGUUGUGCAACAUUUGCACGUUUCUAACACGAGGCUGGCGAAUGGUCUAUGGCGGGUGCUUGGUCGCAGUUCAAAAAGGUCAAAAAAACCCAAGACCAUGACAAGGGAAAGGAACACCAUCCGAAAGAAAAAUCGUAUUUUUGA